UGCCCGCACUGCGGGAAGCUCUUCAAGCAGCCCAGCCACCUCCAGACCCAUCUGCUGACCCACCAGGGCACCCGGCCCCACAAGUGCGAGGUGUGCGGCAAGGCCUUCACCCAGACCAGCCACCUGAAGCGCCACAUGCUGCUGCACAGCGACACCAAGCCCUACAGCUGCCGCUUCUGCGGCCGCGGCUUCGCCUACCCCAGCGAGCUGAAGGCGCACGAGGCCAAGCACGAGAGCGGGCGCUGCCACGUCUGCGUGGAGUGCGGCCUGGACUUCCCCACGCUGGCGCAGCUGAAGCGGCACCUGGCCACGCACCAGGGCCCCACGCUGUACCAGUGCCUGGAGUGCAGCCGGGCCUUCCCCUACCGCAGCCAGCUGCAGAACCACAUGCUGAAGCACCAGGACGUGCGGCCCUUCGUCUGCACCGAGUGCGGCAUGGAGUUCAGCCAGAUCCACCACCUCAAGCAGCACUCGCUCACGCACAAGGGCGUGAAGGAGUUCAAGUGCGAGGUGUGCGGGCGCGAGUUCACCCUGCAGGCCAACAUGAAGCGGCACCUCCUGAUCCACACCAGCGUGCGGCCCUACCAGUGCCACAUCUGCUUCAAGACCUUCGUGCAGAAGCAGACGCUGAAGACCCACAUGAUCGUGCACUCCCCGGUGAAGCCCUUCAAGUGCAAGGUGUGUGGGAAGUCCUUCAACCGCAUGUACAACCUGCUGGGCCACAUGCACCUCCACGCGGGCAGCAAGCCCUUCAAGUGCCCCUACUGCUCCAGCAAGUUCAACCUGAAGGGGAACCUCAGCCGCCACAUGAAGGUGAAGCACGGGGUGAUGGACAUCAGCCUGGACAGCCAAGACCCCAUGAUGGAGCUGGCGGGGGCCGAGCAGGACGGGCCGCAGGAGAUGGACGACUUCGAGGAGGAGAACUCCUUCG